AUGGAGACUGAAGAGAAUAACUUACAGCAGCAGGCACAUGUCCAAAACCCAAUCGCGUGCGACAGCAACGACAUCACAAGGCAAACAGAAAAUGGCACACAUCAAAAUAUAGCUAAAGCUCUUUCAAAACUUUCCGUUCAAAAUGAGAAAGUUGAAAACGAGUCCAACGAACAAUCUCUACCACCAUCUGCUUCAUCAAGCUCCAAAGCACAAACAGAAGACACAAUGAAUUCAACGAAUGAACAAGUAGAUCCAGCUUUGGUAGAGGCAAUGCGUGUGCCUCGUGAUAAAGUGUUCAUUCGCAAAUAUGAGAAAGAGAUGGAAGAUCAAAUUCGCAAUACUCAGGUCAUUCAAUGGGAGCUCCCUUUAAUGAACACUUACCAACGCAUGCUUGUUCAUCGAAUCGCAGAUCAUUAUGGAUUAGGUCAUUCUCUUGAUCCGACGACAAGACAGGUUACCCUUGUAAAGAAGGAAAGCACUCAAAUUCCUGAAGUCUUGGUCUCAGUCUUGGCAGCAAAAGAACGUUUAUCAGAUCCAGUCGAUUUUCCACCUUUGCAUAACAGCCUUUCCGGUCAAAGUACACCUGCAAGUGGAUCUACACCCGCACAACGAGAACCACCGACUGGGGUCCGUAUCAUGCUUCGUGAAGCUGGGAGCAAUCGAUCGGGAUCUAGAAAUGGCAGCAAUACACCAGACGAUGGCAAUGGAUCCCGCAAAGAUAAUAAAAACAAAACGAUGCAAGAAAGAGAAGCAUCUUAUAAAGAAGCACGCGAGAGAAUCUUUGGAAAGGAGGAAGCCAAGGAAACGAAUUCUGAGGCAACAGAGCGUCCCAGUAGCAACGCUCCUUGUCUUGAUCGAAAAGACUUGAAGAAUGUUGGAUUAUCGCGUUCCAGUUCACCUUCUUUCAGCAGUGGAAGUACUGUCACACCACGUAAAGCAACGUCGCAUGAUGAGAGCGGUACGGCUUCAUCGUCAGAAUAUCCUCCUCAAAAUGCACCUGUCAGUCAUCUGCCCAUUUCUUAUCCUUACUCCACUGGAGGUUGGCAAGGCAUGCAAGUCGAUGCUUAUGGAAGACCUUUUCAGCCGCAAGCCUGGCCUCCCAUUCAAGCGCAGUAUGCAUAUGAUCCUCAGGCUCCUUCCUUCCCAUCUCCAUAUGCCGACAAUGCGAGCAUCAGUAGUCGGUCUACAAGUAUUAGCACGAGCACAGAGGGUGCAGGAAGUGCUAAUAGUAGUAUAAGCGAGCAAUUUGCUUCCCCACAACCUGGACAAUCCAAUUAUAGCACAUCGUCUUUACUCAAUUCGGCAAUGAUGCAAGGAAGAUCGCAAUCGGCAUCUCCUAUUUCACCAUUUGUGCCUCGAACGCAAACAUCCUCCGGCAAUAGUACACCAGGUGGCUCUUAUGCUUAUCCUCAAUCUGCUACCUCACCACCACAAAGCGCUCCAUGGGGAACAACUGGUCAACCCUAUUAUGGUCAUUUGAAUUAUUCAACACCACCAAGUCCGAUGGACAACAAUAGAAAUCAAUAUAUUGCGGCAAAUUCCUAUGUAAAUCCCAAUGGUGCUAAUGGACAAUACAAUCCGGGUUACCUUCGUCAGUCUAUGCAAGGCAAUGGAGCAUGGUCACAUGCUGUACCACAAGGCACGCAUUUUGGCAAUGUUCCAGCUCAACAAAUGCCACAGCAAGAUCCGUACAUGGGCACCGGUCGUGGACGUGGAAGGGUCAGUCAAGGAAGUGAACGCGGUCUCUAUGACCCUAACAAACCACCGACACCAAAGAGUGCAUCUUCAACAUCUAGCAAUAGACAUUCAUUGGGGAAAAGCUCCUCUGCAGCAGCGGUACUAGAGAAUGGUUUAAAUCAACACAGGAUGUCUGGCUCUUCAGGAAUGAGCACACCUAUUUCCUCCAGGGCUAUAACACCUAACAAUGAUCAAUUGCGAAGGUCUUCCUCGUCGAAUACACGAAAUGGGCAUCCAGCCCCUCCAGCAACAGGUUCUACCAGCAGUUUAUCAAGCAUAAGUUCGAUCAAUCAUCCUUCCUUACCUGCACGUCCGAAUUGGGUGACGAGACAGAGCGGUUCUUCGCAAUCAGUACAAAGCAAUGUGACCGAAAUCGAAGUCAGCAAUGCAGAAAGCACGAAUGGAAAUGGAAUCACAUCAAAUGCAGACAAUGCUGGAGUGACCGAAAUAAACCGAGCUGACCUCAAUGGCCAGGAGACAAGCGGGAAAGGUAUAAAAGAACUUUAG